AAUUAAAAAAUAUAAAAAAAAAUAUAAUGUAUUAAAAACUAAUUCUUAUAAAUUUCUUUAUUUUUAGUGUUUUAUCUAAUUUUUUAAAAACUUAAGAUCGUUGCUCUUAAGGAUGCAUGUAAUGUAAUUAAUCUGGGGAAUGUUUAUAAUGUUAAGACAGUUACUAUUUAGAUUAAGAAAGUUAAUAAUGCUUAGAAAUCGCUACUAGAGUUCUAUAUAAUGUAAAAAGCUGUUCUGAAGAUGAAAGAUGUGCUUAAUGUUCUGAAGAUGGAUUAUGUUAAGAAUGUAAAGAUGGUUAUUAUGAUACUGAAAUAUAUAAAAUGAUCCUAAUCCAAAGAAAGAAUGUAAUAGCUGUUAAUAUGGAUACAAUGACUGUAUUUAAUGUGAUUCACAAAAAUGCAUAAAAUGUAUUGAAACUAUGAAUAUAUUGGCUAUAAAUAAUAAUGUAUGUAAACAAACAUAGAUCCAUCUUAAUAUAAAUGCGACGAGGGAUGUGAUAAAUGUAAUUUUGCAGGAAUGUGUAGUGAAUGCAAUGAUGGUUAUCAUAUAGAAAAAGUUGUAAAUACUUAAUAUGAUUAUACAUAUUCGAUAUGUAAAAAAACUUGCACUAAAGUUUAAUGUUGUCUAGAAUGUAAUGAUUAUACUAAUGUAUGCACAAAAUGUAUGAAGUAUCAUAAUCUUGAUGUAGAAAAAAAUUAAUGCAUAAUGAUAGAUUAAUAAUGAUAGAUUUUAUUUUAGACUUUAAGGAAAUUAAUAAUAAUUAUACAGUUGCAUUAAUAUAAAGAUUAAUUAAUAUUUCUAAAUAUUUAUAAAUACAAUUAAAAAAUAUAUAUUGGUUUUCAAUAUAUUUUAUUUUAUUAUAUCUUGAAAAUUAAUC